AUGAUGAUGAUGAUGGCGAUGAUGUCUGCUGCUGUUACUCUUCACAAAGGAACGCCAUUUGAUUUUGAAGUAAUGGAGAUAGUCGGAUACAUCAAAAAUCGGAGGGAGGAUGCUCCAGAAUCUACAACGAUCAUGAAAUAUUUCAUUCGUUUUUUGCUUACAAUUUUGGUGAUAACAAGGAAUUUGGCGGCGUUAAUUGAUGUAUGGGCUCAAGACGAAUCAUCAUGUCCAAUCGGGUGGCAAAUUGCCAGCGAUCAAUGUGUCCGUAUUGUAAUUUCACCGGCCAGUCUGAAACAUGCAAAGAAAAUAUGUCACCACGAAGGUGGAGAAUUGAUGGAUACAAGUGUGAUAUUACUUCUGGAAGAUGUUAUGGAUUUGCUCAAAAAUCUAUACGAAAAUGGAUUGUAUGAACCUACUUUUCAUGUUGGAGGAAUGGGACAAGCACUGAAUAGAACAGACGAUGGGAACUAUAAAAUAAUAACUAUAAAUCCAUCAUCCCAUUUUCCAUUCAUCUGCUCGCUCAGUAAAAUGGCACGAAGAUCUUUGCUGUUUCAGCAGAAAUUAUUGCCAAUAGGAGCUCCAAAAAUCAGUUUAACAGGACAAUCGGAAAUAUAUUUUCACCCUAGACAAGACGCUGAUUAUAUUGCAUUGCCAUGUACAGUUCAAGGAAAUCCGAAGCCAACUGUUUCGUGGUACAAGAACGAUGUCGAAGUGCUGAGUCCCUCGAUGUCCAAUGUCUCUUACCUCCUGUCCGGUGGAAAUCUUCUAGUACCAGCAUCAUCAUCUCUCGCCUAUUCUUCGUUCCACUGUACCGCCAAAAACUCUCUGGGAGAAGUCCGAAGCCCCCCGAUUCUCCUGAAACCAUCAUUCAUUGACGCAUUCCGUCCACACCGUCUGGAUGUUUAUUCCCUCGCAACUGGAGGAGCUAAACUGGAUUGCGAUGCUCCAGCACAUCAACCAAGUGAGUGUUUUAAAUUAGUCCCAUCAAAUAGUCUUCAAUUCGCUCAAUUUCUCUCUCAAACUUUGAAAAAGAGACGUAAAACCAUUUUUAAUACGGCGGUGUCUCUUGUCACGCUUUUUCCAUCCAGAAAAUUUAUGUCAUCUUUAGAAUCGCUCACCUAUUCUUGGUUGUAUGGAUCAUCGACGGAUCGAAUUUUGAGUCAAAACGAGAAAAAAUUCAUUUCGUUGGACGGAACACUUUUCUUUUCCUACAUUACAUCGGAUGAUGAAGAUAGCUACGCCUGUUCCCUAUCAGUAUACUCUACGCAAUCAGGUCACUAUGGACCAUUUUUCCGACUUAUCUCUUCGACUCCAAAACUAGCCAAUUCAACUUUCCCGCCGAAACUUGAUUCAUCUCAACCGCAGAUUUUCCCAGAAGAUCCAAAAGUCGGAGAUUCGAUCUAUCUCGAAUGUUUUGCUUAUGCUAAUCCAAUUCCUCAAUACAAAUGGUCUCGUGUCGAUGGAAAACCACUUCCAUCUCGAUCUCAUAUCUCUAACUAUGGAAGAGUUUUGAAGAUUGAUAGAGUGAAUUAUGGAGAUUCUGGAAAAUAUAAAUGUGUCGCAACGAAUGCAUUUGGAGCAGCUGCUGGAGAAGUUCAUGUUAAAUUGAGAGCACCACCAUCAAUACUUCAAGGACUACACGAUCGUCUCGUUCCGACUGAAUCGAAUGUGAGCUUCGAAUGUCUUCUAUCCAAUGCGGACAGUUAUUUUUCUGUGGAAUGGUUCAAAGAUGCAAAACCAAUUGUCCCUUUGCUUCUUCCUGCUGAAAAGAGAAAACGUCUUCAUAUCGAUCACAAUGCGUUGCAUCUGAAACUCGCCGACGAAUCGGAUUCUGGAGUCUAUCAGUGUGUUGUGUCUAACAAUGUCGGAAGUUCUUCGAGUUCUGCUCUUCUAACUGUCAAGGAUUCCGCUCCUGUCUUUCCUCCAAACGCAAUGCCUCGGAAAGUGUUCGCAGCAUUGGGAUCCACUGUUAGCAUUCCUUGUAUUUUCGAAGCAUCGCCAAGGUUUCAUGGGAAAUGGGCGGAUGCUGGAGGAUCAAGACUUCCGCAAAAAGGAAGAAUCAGAGAUGAAGAUGGAGUGAUUAGUAUUGAGAAAGUUCUUCAUGAAGAUGCUGGAUUAUUCUUCUGUACCGCCCAUAAUAAAUUGGGAAAGACACAUGCACAAGUUCAAUUGAUUGUGAUGAAUAAGCCGUCAAUUAAAACCAAUUAUCUGGAUGAGGAGACGGUGAAUAUGAGUUGUGAGGUUGAAUUGACAUGUGAAAAUAGUGCCGAAUGUCCAGAAGCACUGUUUGAAUGGAAGAUUAAUGACCGACCUGCAAAGGAGUAUCCAUCAUUGAAAUCAAAAGUUCAUGAGAAGAAAAGUGGACACAAAGGAAGACAUGUGAAGCAAAAAGUGGAUCUGGAGGUACCGAAAAGUCUGGCUGGAAAACGUCAAAUUGGAAGAUUCGCAUGUUCAUCUCUCUACGGAGGAAGUUCAGAAUUGGUUACGAAACCUCAACUUCCUUCUCCUAUCGCAUUGACUGUCGAAAAAAUGGAAGAAGAAGGCGGAGGGAAGCAGAAAAAGAAGUUUAGGUUGAAAUGGAGACUUCCACCACAACACAGAGAUACUAGAGAUCAUUCGCCGAAAGUGGAAGGAUAUUUAGUGGAACUUCGAACUAGGAAGAAUAGAAAAUGGAGAGCGGCUGAACGGCAAUUUAUUGGAAACAUGGAAAAGGAUAGUAUUACGGUGGAGAAUCUUCUUCCGAAUACCGAGUAUCAGUUCCGUGUUAGAUCAGUUGAAUCUGCUGCAAUUGGAGAACCAUCUAUGCCAAGUGAUUGGGUUAAAACUGCACCUGGUGCACCAUCUGAAACUAUUGACAAUUUGAAAUGGAGAUCUUUGGAUUCACAAACUUUGCUCGUUGAAUGGCAACCAAUUGAACAGGGACAAGAAUCUUCUGGAGAUAAUUUGAGAUAUCGGGUGUCUUGGAGUGAAGCUUCAGUUGGAAGAAAUGCAACCGAUGAAAUGAAAUCGUUGAAUCACGAUGAUGAUUUUGAAAAUCAUUUGGAUUCGGAUCAUUCACAGGCAAUUCUAAAAUUGAACACAACUGAAGGUUGUCGAAUGGUGGUCCUUGCUGUUCGGCCCGUUAACGACCAAGGAAACGGAACAGUCAGUACAGAUACUGUAGCAUUCUUGAAUAGUAGAGGAGAGCUUAAAAAAGUUUCGCUACACAAUGUGAAACCAAUCAAUGCGUCACACGUAAACAUCUCAUGGAUCUGGGAUACAACAUCUGAUUGUGAUACGAAACAUGCUGUUCAGAUCACUUGUCUCGAUGUGAGAGGAUCUGAAAUUUCGGCUACUAUAGCCAGUGAUAGAACUUUCUGGAUGUUGGGAGGAUUGGAAGCCGAAACUGCGUAUGAUUGUGAUUUGAAAGCAAUUGAUAACCAUGGAAACUUUGGGCCAACAAGCAAGAAAUUCAGAAUUCAUACAAAACAACAUCCACCUGAACAAAUGCCAUUGAUUGGGAAGCUGAUGAUGAAACAAAUGAAAGACAGCUACACGACGAUUCUCGAAUGGACAGCAAUUGAGUUGCAGAAACCGAAUAGAACUGAAAAUGGAUGUGGAUAUAAGAUCUUCAUCUACAUUUCUGAAACGGCUACAGAGGCUAUCGAACUUGACAUGCCAGUUCAACGUCUUUCUGAUCGUCGGAACCCAUCUGCACGUCUUGACGGAUUGAAACUAAUGUACAUGUAUACUAUCAAAGUAGCUGGAUACAAUCCUGGAGGAAUUGGUCCGAUUAGUGACCCUCGAAGUAUACGAUUAGGAGCUCCAGGAUCGAUGGAUUACACUUCUGAAAGUUCUGCAUUGUCAGUUACGAUUCUUGUACUAGUCACAUUACUUCUGAAUUUAUUCAUUUGA